AUGGCGGCCGCGGCGACGAAGAACAUACAACUAGCGCUGGCGCUGCCGACGCGGCUGCGCACAUUCCUCGCGCGGUACCCCCCCGCCUCGAUCCUCCCCGCCGGCGCCGACCCCGAGACACACAAGACGGGCUACCAAGAAGACACGCCGAACCCGUUCCGGCCCCUGAGGCAUCCCGUGACCGGGAAGUGGCACGACCCAAAGUACUCCCUGCGCCGGCAGGCCGAACUCGUCAAGAUGGCGCGGAAGCAUGGUGUGGAGGAGCUACUGCCGGAAGGGCCCAAGAGCACUGAAGUAAGGUUACGCAAGAGGGUCGAACUCGGUCUGCGGGUCAAGGGUACCGGUGUCGGCCAGAAGGUUAAGGGCCACAAGCACGAGAGGCAACUGGGUGUCAAGUAUGUCUGGAAUUCCCGGAACGAGUGGCGGAGGGCCGUUUUGGGGCUACUUGCUGAUUUGGGUGUUCGACAGGAUGGAGAAGAGGAGACAGGCCAUGUUGGACAUGCCGGAGCUCAUCAGGGAAUGGAAGAAGCACGUGAUUGGCUCCAAAUUCUUCUGACUUUGUCCCCCCAAGUUCUCACAAUCUUCUCUUCUCAACACCAUCCGCUAGCCCAGCACCCAACACCCAUCCAACACCCACACACCACCAGGGAGACACACCUCACCAUGACCCCCUCAGACCCCAACCCAACCUACUACGAAAUCCUCAACCUCUCCCCCACCGCCCUCACCACGCAAGAACAAACCGGCGGCGAGCCCGCCGCCGCAGCGCUCAUCAAGCGAGCCUACCGGCGCGCGCUCCUCAACCACCACCCCGACAAGAAACCACACCCACCGCACCAACCCCACCACCCUCCACCAGCCUCACCCACCCCCCUAACAAAAACUUACACAAUCGACCAAAUCUCCACCGCCUACGCGACCCUCUCCCGCCGCGCCCAGCGCCAGGCCUACGACACCUCCCUCCUCCUCCUCCGCCGCCAGCACCAAUCCCAAUCUGCAGCAGCAGGAGGGGGAGGAGGAGGAGUAGCAUUCCAAACAGGCAUCGAGACCAUCGACCUGGAUGAUUUGGAGUGCGAUGAGGGCGGGGACGGGGGUGAGACAGAGUGGUACCAGUCGUGUCGGUGCGGGAAUCCGAGAGGGUAUUAUUUCACCGAGGCUGACUUGGGGGAUGCGGCUGAUUUGGGGGAGUUGAUGGUUGGCUGUGCGGAUUGUAGUUUGUGGUUGAGGGUUUGUUUUGCGGUGGUUGAGGAAAACGGGGACGAUGCCGACGACGGUGAUGUCAGGAGGCAGGACGGUAGUAGCAGUGGCAGCGGGGUUAAGGGGGGAACAAGCGUUGGUGCUGAAGAUGGUGAAAGGUGA